AUGAUCAUGCCUUUGGAUCACUCUCCGUCCACUUCUCGAGGCCUCGCUCAAUUUCAAAAAAGAGAAAUCAUGGGCGUCCUCUUUGAAACGACUGAGAGAUAUCAACAACUUCAGCCAGUAGGCAUGGGUGUCACUGGGCUUGUGUGCUCUGCCGGAGACCAAAUCGGUCACCAAACAGUAGCAGUGAAAAAAUUGCCUGAACCAUUCAAGACUGCCAACAUCGCCAAACAUAUGUACCGCGAGAUCAAAUUAUUGAAACAUCUUCAGCAUGAAAAUAUCAUUCAUUUAAAGGACAUCUUCAUCUCUCCCUCGGAGGAAAUCUACCUUAUUACCGAUCUCAUGGCGACAGACCUCCACACUCUCCUCAACACUAAGAGAAUGGACAAUCAAUUCACCGAAUACUUUCUAUAUCAAAUAAUGCGCGGCCUCAAAUACGUCCACUCCGCCGGUGUGGUCCAUCGUGAUCUGAAACCCGGCAAUAUCCUCGUUAAUGAAAAUUGCGAUCUCAAAAUAUGCGACUUUGGCUUGGCUCGCAUGCAGGAAAAAGACAUGACCGGCUAUGUGGCCACUCGCUACUACCGAGCUCCCGAAAUCAUGCUCACCUGGCGACAAUACGACGAGAAAGUGGACAUUUGGAGUGUCGGCUGCAUUCUCGCGGAGAUGUUGACGGGCAAGCCUCUGUUCCCGGGCAAAAACCACGUUCAUCAAUUUUGUAUUAUUACGGAGGUGCUGGGAAGUCCACCCGAGCAUGUGGUCAAGAACAUUUCAAGCCCUAAUACUUUAAAAUUCAUCGAGUCGCUCCCUGAGCGACCUCGAAAAUCAUUCUCCUCAAUCAUUCCAGACGGCAACAAAAAAGCCACGGAUCUACUAGACAAACUUCUUCGCUACGAUCCCCAAGAACGAAUGUCUGCUGUCGAUGCUCUCCAGUCACCUUACCUGGCUACAUAUCACGAUCCAGAGGAUGAACCGGUGGCACCGUUAUCCUUUGACUGGUCUGUACUAGAAGCUGACCUUCCCACGGACACAUGGAAGGAGAUUAUGUAUUCCGAGGUUUUGGCAUAUCAUGAGCAUUCACCUGGGAUGAAAGAGAGGAACGACGGAUCUUUUCAUUUGAGUGAGCCUUUUGACGGGAUGGAUCUUGGUUGA